AUGUUCAAGAAACCAGUAAGCUCGUCCGGCAAGACGAAGAUCAAGUCAUCUGUCCAGCGAAACAUCCGCCAGAAGAUUUGCGAACAAUUCCCGCUACUCGAGCCUGUUAUUGAUGAUGUGUUACCUAAGAAGGCGCAGUUAGACCUUAUCAAAGCGCCAGAGAAGAUUUCGCUUUAUGCCCUGGAUAACCAGGUUCUAUUUUUCCAACACCACAAUGACGCGAUUAUGCCACACCUGAGGAUAGUCCAUAAAUACCCGCAGUGCUUUCCGACAGUACAGGUCGAUAGAGGAGCUAUCAGGUUUAUUCUCGGGGGUGCACAACUUAUGUGCCCCGGAUUAACAUCGCCAGGAGCUAAACUUCCUCCCCCAGAGGGCAAUAUACCUGAAGGGGCAGUGGUCGCUAUCAAUGCAGAGGGUAAAGAACAUGCUUGUAUGAUCGGAGUGCUCAAGAUGAGUACGGAGGAUAUUAAAAAAUUGAACAAGGGUAACGGUGUUGAGAAUUGUCACUACUUGGGUGAUGGGCUAUGGAAAAUGGACUCUGAGUAG